UAUCCUUUUUGAGGGAAGAAGGAAGAAAUAAGCGAAGCAAGAGAUGGCAAGCAGAGUCUCCAACACCUCUAGCAGCCUCUUCACGGCUCGAUUUCUCACCAGAAAAUUAUCUCCCAACGUCAUCACUUACUAUACUUUUUUCAUAUUUGCUUUCUCCAUCUUCGUCUUCUUUUUCUACGUUAGAAACAUCACUGUCGAUGAAGAUCAACAAAACUCUCUGUUUGCUCAACAAACUCGAUCUCACAGGGUGCCAGAGUUACAUGAGUACAACGAGCAGCUUUGGGAUUCUCCUUUCAGUCAUGGCUUACGCCCCUGUGUUAAGCCGACUGCUAAAUAUAAAGGUGCCCAAGGAUUUGAUCGCUAUCUGACUGUGAGAAGUAAUGGUGGAUUAAAUCAAAUGCGAACUGGUAUAUCAGACAUGGUGGCUGUGGCACAUAUAAUGAAUGCAACUUUAGUCAUCCCUCAAUUGGAUAAACGUUCAUUCUGGCAAGACUCAAGUGUAUUUUCAGAUAUAUUCGAUGAGCUUCAUUUCAUUGAAUCCCUACAAGGAGAUAUCAGGGUUGUUAAGGAACUUCCCAAGAGCUUGGAAGCUGUCCCCCGGGCCAGGAAACACUUUACUUCCUGGUCUGGAGUUGGUUACUAUGAAGAGAUGACGAGGUUAUGGAAUGACUAUCAGGUGAUACAUGUUGCAAAAUCAGAUUCUCGACUUGCAAACAAUGAUCUUCCCCUGGACAUCCAGAGGUUGAGAUGUCGAGCAAUGUAUCAUGCACUUCGAUUUUCUCGUCCUAUUGAGAAUUUAGGAAAGAGAUUGGUGGAUCGGCUGAGAUCACGCAGUGGAAGAUAUAUUGCUCUCCAUCUAAGAUAUGAGAAAGAUAUGCUGUCUUUUACUGGCUGUACAUAUGGUCUGACAGAUGCAGAAUCUGAAGAGCUGAGAAUUUUGAGAGAGAGUACAAAUUAUUGGAAAGUAAAAAAGAUAAAUUCAACAGAACAGAGAGUUGGAGGAUUUUGUCCGCUGACUCCAAAGGAGGUGGGCAUUUUUCUUCAAGCUUUUGGGUUUCCUCGAUCAACACCAAUAUAUAUUGCAGCAGGGGAUAUUUAUGGUGGUAACACUCAUCUUUCGGAGCUCUCCUCCCGCUUCCCUAAUCUAGUCUUUAAGGAAUCCCUUGCAACUCCUGAAGAGCUGAACGCUUUCACCAAUCAUGCAUCUCAAACUGCUGCACUGGAUUACAUAAUCUCUGUGGAGAGUGAUGUAUUUGUUCCAUCAUAUUCAGGAAAUAUGGCAAGAGCUGUUGAGGGACACCGCAGAUUCUUAGGUCACCGCAAGACAAUCACCCCUGACAGGAAAGGACUUGUUGGAAUUUUUGAUAUGCUGGAAACUGGAGAGCUAGAAGAAGGAGCGGCAUUGUCACGUAUGGUGCAGCGGAUGCACAAGAACAGGCAAGGAGCUCCAAGGAAGAGACAAGGUUCCCUACCAGGAGUUAAAGGCCGAGCGCGAUUCAGGACUGAAGAGUCCUUUUAUGAAAAUCCAUACCCUGAGUGUAUAUGUGGUUCUAGAAGCAAACUAGAAAAAACGUGACGACAAACCAAACUGCAGUUCCAAUCUAAAACUUAUGGAGGGACCUGUUUAUGUGUAAAUUUGUUUUUGACGGAUUGUUUAAUUGUAAUUAGCAAUUUCUGACACGCUUGGUUCCUCGUCUGAGCCUUACAGCUAUCUGGUCACGGGGCCUUUGGAAACCCUUUAUCACUAACACACAAUGUUGGCAGCUUAGCUUCUUAGCAGUAUUCUAACAAUGCUCUUUAAUUAGCAUUUCUUGCUUCAUAAAACUCAAGAAACGAAUUACCUUUUUUUUUUUUUUUGGUGGGAAACUUAAUACCUUUUUUCUUCUUCUUGGAAUUGU